AUGAAGAAGGCUUCCUCAGAAGGAAAGCUCUCUCCCUUAUGGGAGAAGGCUCUGGAGAGCUAUCAUGAGGAGCUUGCUGCCGACGAUGACUUUCGGACAAUACUGGAGACUGGCAGCCUCGAGGAGCUUCUCGUGGAUGAUCAGCUUUUACAACCGUUCGGCCCACAGGGCAGGAAAGCAUUGGACUCGAUGAACCGACUGAAGCCCACAUUCAGAUUGCUGAAUGAUUUCUCAGUAGUUCUGGCAGUCUCCUUCGGUGCUGGUACAACCGUAACAGCGCUAGUAUGGGGCAGUAUCCGCAUGAUUCUCACGGUAUGA